AAAACACUCGAAACGAUUUGUUCUGUGUCGUUGUUUGGUCUGAGACAUAGGGAGAAUGGAGGAGGUUCAGAAGACUGAGGUAGCGAAGAAUCCAGAAAUAGAGGAUAUUAUCGAAUUAACUAAGCAAAGUGUAGAAGCGUGCGACGAGCAACAGAAGCAGCAAGCUCAAGAAGAUGAGGAACAUCGAGAUGAAGACGAAGACGAAUUGAGAAAACUGCUUCUUUCUGAUAUUGGAGAGCUUCCGCUUUCUCCUCCUUCAGCUACACAAGUCAAUUUUGUUUCUUACUUCAUCACAGAUUUCACGAAAUCAGGUCAUGAUCAGUUCAUUUACCGUCACGCAAAUGGUUUGUGUGUAAUUGGACUGGCUCCUACGCAUAUAGCUUUUAAGGACGAAGGAGGGAUCACUAACGUCGAUUUCAAUGUCGGUAAGUCUGAUCGUAGCGUCUUGAAAGUCUCCGGCAAGCGUAAAAAGAAUGCGUUGCGCUCUGAAUCAAAUACCGCAUUGUGCAAAGUCUCCACUGCAAAAGAUUCAUACAUUGUGAGGUGCUGCGUUAAAGGCUCUCUCUUGGAGGUGAACGAGAGAUUAAUUAACCAACCAGAGCUUCUUAAUUCAUCGGCUGAUCGCGAAGGGUAUAUUGCGAUAAUCAUGCCAAGACCUGCAGAUUGGACCAAAAACAAGGAAUCACUGAUAACACUGGAGGAAUAUAAAGAAAAGAAAGAAGUGUCUUUGGAUGCAGUCUCUGCCGAAACUUUGGAACCGUGUUUGCUAUGAAAGCUGAUGAUUAAGCUCAAGUCAGAUUAGGUGAAGAACUUUUGAAGGUCUUUUGCAGUCUUGUUGUUCUACAAUAUUUACAAAGGUGUUGCGUUAAUGCGUUGUGUUUUGGCUGACAAAACAAUUUUGGGUACAAUGUUCUUCAUAAAACCUUUUUACUUCACCAAAAUACACGAAAUUACAAAUUAUAUAACUUCAUAUAAUUAUUCGA